AAAUCACUCACAAAGCUAAGGCACAUAAGAGCCAUUUUCUUCCCUAGGAGCCAUAAAAGACAAUAUAAUUAUUUUUCUCUAAGUAUGGCUUCAAAAGGAAUUGCUAUAAUUUGCAUGGCUUUAGUUCCAAUUAUCAUGAGCAUGAUUUCAGUACAAGUAGCCAUGGCUCAAUCUGAUUGCACAAGUACACUUAUUACUAUGGCUUCAUGCCUUAGCUUUGUCACCGGAAGUGCGAAAACGCCGUCGGCUUCUUGCUGCUCCGCCCUCUCCGGGGUGUUGCAGUCUAAGCCACGGUGCCUUUGUAUCAUUGUCAACAGUGGUGGUUCGUCAUUAGGAGUCCAAAUCAAUCAAACUCAGGCACUUGCGUUGCCUAGUGCAUGCAAUCUUCAAACUCCUCCUGUUAGUAAAUGUUAUGCUGGUAAUGCACCGGUAAUGUCUCCAGAGGGUGCACCUUCGGAAGGAACUCCAGAUUCUUCGACUGGUUUAGCUGUUUCAGGCUCAAAGGCGAGCAGCAGCACCUCUGAUGGAAGUCCUCUGAAGGUUCCAGUUCGAGCUGCAGUUGGAAUCGUUCUUUUCAUGGCUUCCUAUGUUUUCAUGAUUUGAAAUUUAUGAAUUUUAUGUCGGAGUUACGUUAAAUAUGGAGUAUCCUUAGUACUAAAUAAAAGUAGCAUUAUGAUGUUACAUAUUAUGUUGGGGCGUGAUUUAUUAGUGUUUGUCUUAAGUUUGUUGUGUGUCUGUUACUAUUUUACCAUUUGUUUCUCUAUUGUACCAGUAAUUUGAGAUGCAGUUUAAACUUUAUUUGUAAGUGUUUUUUUUCCAAAUACGUACGGAGAAAAUUGUUUCA